GGGACACAUGUUGUUACAGCGGAUCGCAACGCCAUCGAUGCUAGGUCUUCAGUUGAACGGAGAAGCUGCACGCCGGCGCCUGCGCGUUGGCGGUCACCGCGGCCUCCAAACCGAGGUUCGCCAGCGCGCCCCGCAAGACCCCACACGCGUACCUCAGCAAUUUCUCCUCGUAGGCCGCCUUCGCCUCGAGGUCCGCGCAGGACACCCGCGACAGCCACCGGAACUGAAAGUCUUUCAAAACAAAAACGCCCCGGUGAUUUGUUUGCAGCUUAUCAACCUGCUUCCCGAACAUGCCGAACCAGAGCUCCUUGCAGAGGAACUUCAUCACUUCCAGCGGGUCCGUGCCUAGGCGUCUCUCAGACAUCUGCUCGACGAAGCGGUACCCAGUGUCGUACCCUUGCUUCUCCUGAUUCGUCGAGCGCUGCACGGUCUCCGCGACGAUCAGCGACAGGACGCACUCAGCCAUUGCGCUUGAUCAGGUCGGCGUACUUUUCCUUCUGCUUCGCCUCGAGGCCUGCGCGAGACGCGGUGACGGCGCGUUCCCGGGUCGCGUCGAUGGCGUGCGGGCGACGCGAAGUCAGACGCCGUUGACAGUACCUCGCUCGACCGCCUCCGGUUUUUCGCUCGAGAAGUAGUCGUGUCCCGCGCGCGUCUUCUUGUACAGGACAGGAGCGCAGCCGAUGCCUAGCACGAGGCAGACGCCCGUGAAGACCCGCACGCCGUGGCCGCCCGGGACCUUUUGCAAUAUGGUAUAUAUCAUGCGCUGGCGUGUGCAGCGCUCACGCGUCGGAUGCGUGCAAGCGCUCGCACCGGCGGCAAUAGAUGGCGUGCGAGAGUCGCGCUAAACGCACGCGUAGCGAUGCGUGUUUGCCGCAAGACACGGACGCGAGCUGGCCCAGG